AUGAGUAAUGACAAGACUGGUGCCGUCAGCUCGUGGCCAUGUGCACACCACACCAUGAACGCGGGCCACCGCAUGUCCCGCAUGGCCGCGUGCCCAUGCCCCGCCGCCCCGCCAGCCACGGCCAGGGGCCCCACCGCUGCUACACAGCCGCGAGGCACAGCACGCCUCGGGAUACCACCUGCCGGGGUGGCGGGAUGCUGCCCAGGGCUGGGGGCCGGGGCACACGUGGUGCGGGGCAGGGAUGGCGUGCCCCGCCAGCUGGCCCCGCACUACGCAGCGCCCCGCCGCCCAGCACCCAGGGGCACCACCACGCACCCCGCGGGGCCGCGCAACCUGCAGGCUGAAGCGUCCAGAAGGACGCACCCAGUGAACCCCCGCGAGGCCCGGCUGGCGGCGGCGGCGGCCAUGAGGGACGGCGGUUGGCGGCGCCGGCCUGGCUGGCCGCCGCUCCCCGCCCCUGCAUGGCUGCCCCCGCUGCCUGCUGCUGCUGAUGGUGACGCCCCUGGUGCCCUGCCCCUGCAGUGCGGCCCGCGGUGCAGGAGCGGGGCAGGGCAGGGCAGGGCCGGGGCCAGCAGGCCGUCCCGCCCCGCCCCGCCCCGCCGCCAACUACGCCGAGGCCCGCCGCGGCCGCCAUGGACCAUCAGUUCGGUGUUUUCUCCGUGCUGGGCGCCGCUGGCCGCGCCCUGCCCUGCCCCACACACGCCCCGGCCCUCACCCUUGCCGCCUUAG